UCCUCUGGAGCUUUCUCUCCCUCCCUCUCUCUUUUUUUCUCAGAGCAGUGAAUUACAGUACACGCAGAAGGAUUUGAAACCUGUGGCCUCAAUCUGGUUUAGCCAGAAUAUCUAAAUUUUGAAGAUUAGGUUUUUUAAAGAAACCAGAGGUACUCGGCUCUGAACGUUUUCUAAUUUUUCCAGAAACCAAGCAGAAGAUUGAGCUGCUGAUGUCAGUUAACUCUGGGAAGUCGUCCUCUUCAGAAAGGCCAGAGGCUCACCACAAAGCUGCGGCAGCUGCUCCUCCUCCACCACCGCCUCUACCAGAGCCUGUUCCUCCAGAACAAGAGGAGGAAAUCCUGGGAUCUGAUGAUGAAGAGCAGGAAGACCCUGCUGAUUAUUGUAAAGGUGGCUACCAUGCUGUGAAAAUUGGUGAUCUAUUCAAUGCACGAUACCAUGUAAUUAGAAAGCUGGGAUGGGGACAUUUCUCUACAGUAUGGCUGUGCUGGGACAUUCAUGGAAAACGAUUUGUUGCCAUGAAAGUGGUAAAGAGUGCCCAGCACUACACAGAAACAGCUCUGGAUGAAAUUAAGUUACUCAAGUGUGUACGAGAAAGUGAUCCCAAUGAUCCAAAUAAGGACAUGGUGGUACAAUUAAUUGAUGAUUUCAAACUUUCAGGCAUGAAUGGAAUACAUGUCUGUAUGGUAUUUGAAGUGCUGGGUCAUCAUCUUUUGAAAUGGAUCAUCAAAUCCAAUUACCAAGGACUUCCUAUUCUCUGUGUGAAAAGUAUUAUUCAACAGGUCUUGCAGGGUUUGGAUUAUCUACACAGCAAAUGCAAGAUUAUCCAUACAGAUAUAAAACCAGAAAAUAUCUUAAUGUGUGUAGAUGAAUCUUAUAUUCGACGCAUGGCUGUGGAAGCAACAGAAUGGCAAAAAGCAGGUGCUCCACCACCUUCUGGUUCAGCAGUGAGUACUGCCCCACAGCAGAAACCGGGAGGAAAGAUGUCUAAAAACAAAAAGAAAAAGCUGAAAAAAAAGCAAAAGAGACAGGCAGAACUUCUGGAGAAACGUAUGCAAGAGAUAGAAGAGCUGGAGAAAGAGGCAGAGAGGAAGAAGAUGGAAGAGAUUUUAACAACUGUUACACCAAAUGAUCAAGAAGGAGAGAAGGUAGUUGAGCUGAAGGAAACAGUGAUAGAUCCUGAGGUAGAUGUGGAGCAACGUAAUGAAUGCAAUGAAGUUGAUGAUCAGGAAGAAAAAGAAGACACAGAGAAAGAAAAUGUGGGAAAAGAUGAAGUAGAAAAUGUGGUUACCAGGACAGAGACGAAAUGUGAUGAAUCGCUGAAAACAAAUGGGCACAUUGAAAAUGGUCCAUUUUUACUUGAGCCAUUUUGUGAUGAGGAAGAGGAUGAUGAUGAGGAGGAUGAGGAUGAUGAUGAGUGUCCCAAUGCAGAAGAUAGUCCAGUUGAUGGACCAAAUGCUGAAAAUUUAACUUACAAUAAUCCUUAUGGACAGUUUAAUGGUGAUUUACAAAAUGGACAGAAUAAGAGUCCAGAGUCACAAUUCUCUGAAAUGUCUGAAUCUGUAUUUUCCAAGCUUUUAGAAUCUGCAGCUUGUGGAUCAGACGGGUCAACAGUGACUGAGCGUGAAGACAGUAGUCCAUCACAAGAUAGAAGUAGAACUGUAUCUGCAUCCAGUACCGGAGAUGUGCCAAAAUUAAAAAUUCGUGCAGCAGAUUUGUUGGUAAAUCCACUUGAUCCAAGAAAUGCAGAGAAAAUCAGAGUUAAAAUAGCUGACCUGGGAAAUGCUUGCUGGGUUCACAAGCAUUUCACAGAAGAUAUCCAGACGCGACAAUAUCGAUCAAUAGAAGUUCUAAUUGGUGCUGGGUACAGUACACCUGCUGAUGUGUGGAGUACAGCUUGUAUGGCCUUUGAACUUGCAACUGGAGAUUAUUUAUUUGAACCUCAUUCUGGUGAAGAUUAUUCCAGGGAUGAAGACCACAUAGCACACAUCAUAGAGCUGCUAGGCAAUAUCCCAAGACACUUUGCUCUUUCUGGGAAAUAUUCUCGGGAAUUCUUCAAUCGCAGAGAUCACAUAGCUUUGAUCAUUGAACUGCUGGGGAAAAUCCCUCGAAAGUUCGCAAUGUCUGGAAAAUAUUCCAAGGAGUUUUUCACCAAAAAAGGAGAACUACGACAUAUUACAAAACUAAAACCCUGGAGCCUGUUUGAUGUACUUAUUGAGAAAUAUGGAUGGCCUCAUGAAGAAGCUGUGCAGUUCACUGACUUCUUGCUGCCCAUGCUAGAAAUGGUUCCUGAGAAGCGAGCUUCUGCAGCAGAAUGCCUCAGACACCCCUGGCUAGGCUCUUAGCAGCAUUCACCAACAUUCCUGAGAGACGACGAUGUUUAUCACGGACCCAGCAAAGUGGCAAACUCUCAAGCAUCAAGGGUGUAAAUCCAAGCCUCCAAGAUCAGGCCAUUUUUCACUCAAGUACGGUUAAUGUUUGAACUUCUGCUUUUGUGCACUGUGUUUUUGGGAAGGGUAGUUUUUGUCUUUAGCAAGAGGUAGCUAACUCUGCUGAAAACACUUAACGUCUUGAUGCUUUGUUUCUUGUGUCGCCUGACCAUCUCGUGUUAAAUUUCCUAACUGAAGGUAAUAAGAAUUUUUUUUCAUGCGUUUGGAUAUUUUUUGUACUUAUUUAUGAAAAUUGUUUUAGCUGAUGAGUAUUAAUAUUGAAUGACAAGGUAAAGGCGAGAUGCUACUAUAUAAGGUAAGGAAGUAGCUGAGAUAUUGCAAAGAGCUGUACAAUUGUAUCCAAUAGGAAAGAAGCAUUAUUCUUGUAAAAUCUGUAGAUUUUCCUGUAAAAUAUCUUUCCAUAUAAUACAGAAAUGGGACUUAACCUAUAAUAUUUUCAUGAAUGCCUUGUGCUGAGAGAAUGCAUGUUUUGGAGCUUAUUUACUUACAAAUGAGGCUGUAUAAAUUUUACAUUUGUUGGCUCAGAGUUAAAUAUUGUGUUUCUGGGUACUGUGUGUUCAUUAAUGCCUUGUAAGUAAUUUUGCAAUCCCACCAUAUUUUCAAAAAUACAUUAGUCCUAUUACAGUCCUUCAAAGGAGACAAAUUGCUUGGUUGCAUUGCCCGUAUUGUUGUCACUGCAAUAAUCCUUUAAUUAUCUGUCAUUAUUUAAGAAUCCCAGAAGAAUGGGUCCUCCACAAAGUUUUAUCUUUUUUAUUUAAUUUCUUACUGUGCUUCAGCAUUGUAAGGUAUAUAUCCAAGGAAAAGAUUUGUGAUCUCCUGUACUAAAGCUGCAAAAGGAACUAAAAGGAAAACAUGAUUUUUCUAUGUGCAGAUUUUAAUAUUUUGUCACAAAAAUUAUGUUAAAAUGUUUUGCUGUCAAUACAGAAAUGAUACUAAUUGAUAUGAAAAUAAAAGUGAACAUGUUAAAACUUGUUUAAGAUAGCCUGCUGUAUAGCAAACCCUACAGAUUUGCAUAAAAGGAAAGUUGAUCUUGGUCUGUUUACAGCUUUGCUUUCUCAGCAUCAGACAGUGGCACAACAAAUUGCACUGGUCUUUGUAGCUUUUUCAGGGAUUAACAAUGUAAAUAGGGAUUUUUUAAAAAAUCAUCCAUGGAAGCAUUGAAUUCUUGAAAUGUUAGUUUUAAGUAUUUGAGUUGCUGUGUGUAAUGAAAGAUUUAUUAGAUAGCAAAUGUUGUGGUCAAAUGCAAUUCUGGCAUGUUCUUUCUCAUCAGUAGUGAGAUUUUCUACUUGUCGGGUCUUCAAGUGUGCACUAACCUCUAAACAGUCAAUGAUGUGAAAGUAAACUGACUAGUUUUAUUCCAAUUGUCCACUUUAAUUAUGGUGCCACUAUUUCUAAAUCUACCACUUGCUGGUUUAUCCAUCUGCCUUUGCAAUAACUAGAUUGUGGAUAAAUAAUUCUGGUAUUGUAACAAUAGCAAUUGUUUGAGGUGCUUGUGACUGUCUAAUUAAACUGUUUUGUUUCCACAAGUCGUGUUGCUCAUUGGAAUGGCAAUGCCAAGAUAACUUACAAUAAUAAAUUACUUAGUUGCACAUAGAAUGUUAUAUGUAUUAUUCUGGAAUAAUAUUUAAAUGCAAAAUGUAUACAGCCUUGUUGACAUUCAAACUAAUAAUGGCUUCAUUUGGUUUGUCUCAAGUAAUUAUCUCAUCAUCCAAAAGGGAAAAACACAUUUGGAAAUAAGUCUGCUGUUUUAUAAUUUUUGACUCUCUUCUGUAAUUAAUUACAGCCUCAUUUGUUUUUUUCCCAUUUUUAUUCUUGUCAUCAGCAUAGGCUCUUUGCCAGCUCUCUUCACUGUUUGUAAUAGGGUGUUUCUGGGCUUCUGAUGACCUGUUCUCUGCUCUUGGUUAAGAAGGCAGACAUUGUUUAACUCACCCAUUUAUCGUAAAGCUGAAAAUUCUUCAGAUAUUCCAUGUGUGCCAAGUUCCCUGUUACUGGGCUUCUGGGUUACUGUUUAAUGAACCACAAUUUCCCCCAGUAUUGUCCUUACCUUCCUGCUUGCUGCCCUAACCUAAACCAGACUUUGCAGUUUUGGUGACCUUCUGAUGCUAUAUUUUUCUAUUACCCACUUAUCUGCAAUUUCAUCCUGAUUUACCACAAACCCUUUCGUAUCUUGGUCAAUUACAAACUUGAUUAUUUUAAUCUUGCUCUCACUGGCUUCCCAUCAUCAUAAAAUGAGCAUGGGAAGCCAGUGAGAGUAGGAUUAAAAUACCUCCAUUUAAUUUUGCACAAGCCCUUCUUGUUCAUCACAGUUCGAUGCCCUAACCUAAAUUUUGUUUACCAGCAUCUUCGGAGUUAAAACUUUAAUGAUUAAUGUUCUUUGGUAUCUGCUCCCUCAUACACAUUUUGAAACAAGCAGCAGGUUGUUUCAAAACUACAAAACACUUUCAAAAAAAGCAAAAACUGCAGAUGCUUUUUAAACAGAUGUCUGAAACACCAGCAGGUUAAGUAACAGCUGUAGAAAAGAGAGCUAAGAAGACUGAGAUAGAGUUAACAUUUCACAGAGAUGACACAGCUUCUUCCUUCUCUCUACUUGUUAUUGGGUUUGCUCAAUUUUUGGAUUACAAUACUAAUAUUAUGCACAGCUUUAUUAUUAUUCCAUUAAAAUAAGUUCAUUUAACCAUGGAACUGCAUUAUCAGAAUUUUAUACUGAUGGAACAAAAACCUUUUAGUGAUGCAAAUUCUUGGUUGGCCUUUGUUUGUUACGACUAUUUUGGUAAGACUAAAAUUCUAUUUUUGGAACAGCCAGUUAUUUAACAGAAUGUUCUGAGGAUCUUAGGAAAUUAUCACAUUAAUAUAUUGAGAGCUGUCUGGUCGCUCUCAUUCUACCUUUCGUAAACUUGGCCAUCCAAAAUUCUGCUGCUUGAAGUCCCAUUCACCUUUCUUUAUUGCUUAAUCAAGAGCCAUGAGCCAGCAAUCUUAAAACUUGCAUAUUUUUACGGUCCUUCAUAGUUAUGCUCCCUCUCUUUCCCGAAUGUCUUUUAUCAUCUUGAGUUAGUUGGGAUCUUCUGUUUCUGGGGUCUUAAGCAUACCCAAAUGUAAUUGCUCUACAAUGGAUAGCUGACCCUUAAGCCCUCCAUAAAAGCACCCUCUUUGAUCAAGCUUUUGGUUUUGUACCCUAUUAUCACCUUUUGUACACUAUUGACUGCUCAAUAUAACAAGCAUUUUUGUGUCUAGCAUUCUCCUGAAAGUCCCUCAGAAUUGCACUGAAUUUUAUUGAGGUUGAGUGAAUGGAUUUAACUACUGUGAUCUAAUCACUCAUUAUUGUGCCCUAGAAGAAAGAGUAAAUAGUUUUAAUUUUACGAGGGGAAAGGAUCUAUAAAAUGUAAUCAGCCUAAAAGAAAGUCACACAAAGAAAAGGGAGGACAUUGACAGUAAGAAAGCAAGAGCAGACUGAAAAGGAUGUUGGAAAAACUCAGUCAAGACAAGAGGUACAAACUGGCAUUUCAGGUUGAG